CUUAGACUUUUCACUGGGUGCAAACAGGGGUGUGCAGUGCUGGGUAGAGCUCGCGCUUAGGAUUAAUCCAUUCUCUAGACGUUUGCGUUUUUUUUGCGUUUUGGUAUGAGCGGAGUGUUUCUGAAGUUUUUCCGGGCGCUGGCACUUGGCGCACUGCUCUGGGCGUCACAGCUCCGCGCUUCGCCGCUGCUCGAGCCUAUCCGGUGCGCGUCCUGCACCGCGGAGCGUGUAGCCGAAUGUCCGCCGGUGGAUGCUGAGAUCUGUGGAGAGGUGCUGAAAGAACCGGGCUGCGGUUGCUGUAUGGUGUGCGCGCUUAAACGCGGGGAUGCUUGCGGUAUUUACACGGCACCGUGCGGAUCUGGACUGCGCUGCCUUCCCGCACCUGGAGAUCUGAGGCCCCUGCACGCGCUCACCCGGGGCCACGCAGUGUGCACGGAGACUGAGGAGGACGUGCAGAGCCGCACGCAUCCGGCACCAGAUCAGUCUGUGGUUGAUGGUAGAACCGGGGCAGGUGCUGGACACGAUGCCACCUCGCCGGUCUUUGUGCCGGGCCACAUUAAACCCUUUGACCCAUGGAUCGCCACCAACGCUCAGGAAAGCAUGAAGUCCAAAGUGAACUCAUACAGAAGAAAACUGGUUGAGCAGGGGCCCUGCCAUGUAGAGCUUCAGAGAGCUCUUGAUAAGAUAGCUCGAUCCCAACAAAAGCUGGAUGAGAAGCUGACCAAAUUCUAUUUGCCAAACUGCGAUAAACAUGGACUAUACAAAGCCAAACAGUGUGAAUCAUCUUUGGAUGGCCAAAGGGGGAAGUGCUGGUGUGUGUCAUCCUGGAAUGGAAAAAAGAUUGUGGGUUCUAGUGAACUGCCUACAGAUGCUGAAUGCCCUCAGGAACUCAAUCACUGACCACACCAUCACACAAACACAUAUUAGAUUAGAGCCCUAAGGAGCUCCACCACUGAUGGACUAAACACAUCUUACACAUCUAAAUAACCAAAUGCCAUAUACCAUCUUUUUUAUUUCCUAUUUAUUUAUUUUGUAUUUUUUUACAUGGUUUUAUUUUAUUCAGGUACACUUUUAAAGUAGUGAAUACUAGUUCACUAAACCCACCAUAAAAUAAUCUAUUUUCUGAAAGGAUUAUGAAUAUUUCUGUAUUUACAUACUGCAUCCAUGUGUAUUUAUUUAAACUGAAUGUAUUCUUAUAAUUUUUAAAGGGUGAAAGUAUUUAUUCCAUAUGCUUUAUAAUUAAUAAUUAUUAUUUUUGUAUGGUGUACAUUUUUGUAUAUAUGUGUGUUUUAUUAACAUUAGCAGCUGUCUAACCUUUCAACACUGUUGCUAGGAUUCUACAAAAGCACUACAUGACCAAACUACUUUGUGUCAGCCUACGCCUCCAAACAUUUCUUUUUGUAAAUUAAUUGCUUUCUUUUGUCCUAUUUUAUUGUGAAAUAAUUCACACUUAUUGCACAAGUAAAUGGAAGUACACAUAAGUUUUUAAGCAGUGCAUGACGGGUAUUGGUCUUCAUAUCUUCUGAAACGGGUAACCACCUGUUCCUACCUCUGUUUUUUAUGGUUUGUUGUAUGUGUUGUUUCUGAAAGCUUUCUUGAUGUUUUUUUGUUCACUGGCCAAGGACCACUUGUAUUAGGGUGAGUGCAACUGUGUGACCACUAGUCAUUUUCUGUUGAAUUUUAAGUUUGAGUGUGUUAAAUGUAACAUAUUAUGUGUGGUUAGUUCAUUGUUUUAAAGAUGCAGUUUCUUUAAAAAAGUGAGAUGACCGCUGAUCUGUUUUAUGCAACUGAUCAUAUACUGUAUAUAUAUACAGUAUACACGAUAUAUACAUUUCGAAUAAACUCUUAAAGAAUGGUCAAA